CCCGCGAUGGCGGCGGCCGGCGGGGGCCCGUAGGGGCCAUGGGCAACGCCGAGGGCCGGGCCCCGCGGCGGGCCGAGCCCCGCGGCAACCCCGGCAGCUUCGACGAGCUGCACCGGCUCUGCAAAGAGGUGUUCCCGCCGCAGAUGGAGGGGGUGAAGCUGAUCGUCACCAAGACCCUGAGCAGCCACUUCCAGGUGACACACACGGUGCACAUGAGCACCCUGGGCCCCUCCGGCUACCGCUUCAACGCCACCUUCGUGGGCGACCGCCAGCUGGGGCCCACCGAGGUGUUCCCCACGCUGCUCGGGGACAUGGACAGCGCGGGCAGCCUGAACGCGCAGGCCCUGCAGCUGCUGGGCGAGCGCCUCCGCGCCAAGGCCGUGUUCCAGACGCACCAGGCCAAGUUCGUCACGUGGCAGUUCGACGGCGAGUACCGCGGCGACGACUGCACGGCCACGCUCACGCUGGGCAACCCCGACCUGCUGGGCGGCUCCGAGCGUCACCGCCCGCCUGGUGCUGGGUGGGGAGCUCGUGUACCACCGGCGGCCCGGAGAGGAGGGGGCCAUCCUCACCCUGGCCGGCAAAUACUCAGCCCCGAACUGGGUGACAACGCUCAACGUGGGCUACGGGGGGGCCCACGCCAGCUACUACCACCGGGCCAACGAGCAGGUGCAGGUGGGGGUGGAGCUGGAGGCCAACACGCGCCUGCAGGAGACCACCUUUGCCUUUGGCUACCAGCUCAACCUGCCGCGAGCCAACGUCGUCUUCAGAGGGCUCCUGGACAGCAACUGGAGCGUGGGGGGGGUCCUGGAGAAGAAGUUGCCCCCCCUGCCCGUGACGCUGGCCCUGGGCGCCUUCCUGAACCACUGGAGAAACCGCUUCCACUGCGGCUUCAGCGUCACCGUGGGCUGAGGGACAGGGGACACGGGACAGGGGACAGGACAGCAGGGACAGGGGACAGCAGGGACAGCGGGACAGAGGGGACAGGACAGCAGGGACACAGGGGACAGGACAGCAGGGACAGGGGACAGCAGGGACAGCGGGACAGGGGACAGGACAGCAGGGACAGGGGACAGCGUGGACAGCACAGCGGGACACAGGGGACAGCGAGACAGAGGGGACAGCAGGGACAGGACAGUGGGGACAGGACGGCAGGGACAGGACAGCAGACACAGGACAGCGGGGACAGCGGGCGUGUGGCACUGUCCUGCUCAGGGAGCUGCCAGGCCGGGCCGUGCAGGUGCCACAGGGACCCGCGGGGACACGGCGGGCUGGGGACAGCGAGUGACGGCGCCGCAGGGGGGCUGGGGGUCCCCAUUGUCCCCAGUGCCACCCUCUGGGAUUGGUGGCUGCUGCCACUGGGCGUCCCUGUUGUCCCCAGCGCCGUGGCGGCCGUGCCUCAGUUUCCCUGCGGUGACACACCCAGGAGCCCGGGUAAAUAAAGGAGCUUUACUCUGUG